AUGAAUAUAUUGACAGACAUGUUGUACAAAACAGAAGAUGGUGCACAAAUCAUAGAUCCAAUAAAGUCUAAUGCUAUUCAUCGUUCAGAUGAAGAUUUUCAAUUUACUAUUACGAAAAAUUCUAGAGACACAGUACAUGAGCAAUUAAGAAAGUAUCAAUCAAAUAUUAGAUCAGGAAUUAAGCGUUUUGAUUAUGCAUUAAUAAAAUAUAAACUUGAUCAAUUAAAAACAUUAAAUGAUUUAUUUAAUCAAGAAUAUAUUAAACAAAUUCAUAUUGAUUGUAUUCGAGAUUUAAGUACACAUCUUUCUGAAGAAUAUCAAGAAGGUAUCUCAAUUUUAAAUCGAUGUUUAAUGUAUCAAACAAUUUUGACUAAUGAAGACAUUAAAAACUAUCAAACAUAUAUCAAUCAUGCUAAUCAUGUAGAAGAAUUACAGUUAAGACAUGCACAUUUAGGAAAGGAUGUCGUUCAUAGUAGUGCAUUUAUUUAA